AUGCUUACAAGAUAUGAAUCUCCAAUUCAAACUUUGAGAUACUAAACUAAAAUCAACAAUCAUUAAGGAGCUAGAGAUAACUCAGAUCAGCAAAUCCUCUAUCAAAUAACUAUGAAUGACUACAAGAUGACUUCGAGGUCUAAUUCAAUUAGGUAUUAAAAUGCUCCUCUAAUAGAGGAGGAAUAAGCAGGGAAAAUGAGUUAUAAAUGGAACUCAGAUAAAAAAACUUAAUAAGGAAGUUAAACUGGCUAAAGCUAGCUGCAAUCAUUGAAAAAGGGAAGCUCUUUGGAGAGAUUAAAUGAAUUAAUAUCAAAUAAAUAAAACACAUCUAAUUCAAGAAUACCAAGCAGUAACACAGUUAUAAACACUUUAAAUUGUGACAGCAAUAACUCUAACACUGCUAGAAACGAAAAUUAUGUAACAGAUCGAUAGAAAAGUUUAAAAAAGAUCCAAAAAGACCUCUCUUCUUUAUUUAACAAAACAUAAAUAAAUAAUAGUGCUAGUAAAUAGAAAUUGAUAGUUGUGGGAAAAGUAAAAACCGAAAUAGAUAAUAAUUCUCUUGAAGAUGCAAAAUAUUAAAGAAUGCACUCAGAAAAUAAAUAGUCUAAUCCAAACUCCUUAAAAAGUAAAUACAAUGCCUUAUUAGAUGUAAUUGGGAAAGAAAAAAAUUAAAACUUAUAAUCAUAAAUAAACCCUGCUUAUAAGCUCGAUUAUGAAACUGUUAGAAAUUAUAAAUCUGAAAAAAGUGAUUUAAGAAGACAGGUAGAGGGAAUGGUGGAUAAGAUAUAAAGAAAGCUGAAAGAAGAGGAAAAUAAAAUUCAAUAUAUGCAGCAAUAAACUUUUUAAAAGAAUACUAGCACUAAUUUUGGUAAUAGAUAUUAACAGUUUUUGAUGUAGAGAAUUAAUAAAGAUAUACGCUAAACUUAAGCUUCAAAUAAUAAUAGUAAUAACAUGGGCAUGAGUAAAGCUGGAACUUAUGAUUCGUAAAGGAGAGAAGAUUUUAAAAUUAAAGAAAAUCAAGGAAAUAACUCAAAUAUAAAUGGAAAUGUAACUGCAUAUGGAGUUACUUUGAAAUAAAAGGAAAACAUGAUUAGUAAAAAGACUGAAUAAUUCUUUUAUAACACGAAUAAUUAAAUUAUCAAUAAUCCAAAAUAAGAAAGCAGUACUUGUAUGGAAACUAGCGUAGGAUUAAACCUUUAGAAUAAUAAUAUAUAGAACUCAAAAGCUCUGGGGAAUAUUUAAAAUGUUAAAACUGCUUAAGAUAUCAACUAUAGCAAGGAAGAAGUUCCAAAUAUAUUUAGAGUUAGAAAAAUCAAGUAAAAUAAUUUAGUAGAAACUGCAAAUAGAUUAAAUUUUGCAGGUACUCUCGAAGAUUUAGGAGAUGUUGCCUAUUUAUAAGAUGAUCCAGAAUCUAUAUAAUAACUUGAUAAAUUUGAUGAAAAUAAAUUUCAGAGAAAUAAUGAUGAAAUAUUAAGAGUCGGUCUCGAUAAAAGAUAUUCUCCUAAACGCGUAGCUAUGCCAAUAAAUUAAAAUAUGAAGAAUAACAUAAGUGGAGGUUUAAAUAAUAGUAAUAAUAAUUACAACUAGAAGGGAUUUUAUACUGCAAAUCCUGCAGCACUAUUCAAUUAAACUACUAACAAUUUUUCAAAUGGUAUUUAUAUUAAUAGUAAUUAGAAUAUUGUCUUAAAUUCAUCUAGCUAGCCUAAUUUAACUAGUAGUGGAGCCUUAAAUAGUAAGCAUUUGCAAAGGACAGUAAACUAAAUGGAUUAGUUAGAAAGAAUUGUUUAUAAAUUAAGAGGGCAGUAAUAAGAUAUGAUUCGAAGUAGCAGUAAUCCUAAUACUAGGUUUUAAAUAAAUAAAAAUAAAGAAAUAAAUAGAGUAAAUUCAGAAAAAAGCUUAAGAUAGAAAGAGCUAAGCAGGACAAAUUAGACUAUAACAGAGAAAGAUGAGUCAAAAAAUAGCAAUAUGAAUGAUACCAGUAAUCCUCAAAACGUAUUGUUUAGGCCUUUUACAACCUAAAAUAUGAAUUUCGCUAAAUUUAAAAACUUCAAAACUCCAACCAUUACAAGUAGCAAAGAGCAAAGCACAACAAUAGAUGGGAUUAUUGGGAGUAGCAGCUCAUUUAAAGGUACACUAAAUAAUCUAGAUAGAUUUGAAAUAGGCUAAGUGAUAGGAUAGGGAAGCUAUGCAGUUGUUCGUAAAGCUAAAGAUGUUUUAACAGAUAAAAUAGUUGCUAUCAAGAUAUAUGACAAAUUUCGAUUGAUUGAUCCUCAAAAGAGAAAUAAUGUAAAGCGCGAAAUGCACAUCUUAUAAAAGCUAGAGCAUAAAAAUAUAAUAUAAUUGCUCAUGACUGUUGAUACUAGAACUACUGUGAAUUUAGUUAUGGAGUAUGUAAGCAGUCUUUCUUUAAGGCAUUUCCUCAAAUCAAAGCCGAACCACCGUCUCCCAGAAUCAGAAGCAAAGACCAUUUUUAGAUAAAUUUUAAAUGCUGUUAAUUAUUGCCAUCAAAACGAUGUAAUUCACAGAGAUUUGAAGCUGGAGAAUAUUUUGAUUUCUGAAGAAACAAAUGAAAUCAAGUUAAUAGAUUUUGGAUUUUCUAUAUAAGCACCUAAUGAUAAAAAGCUAAAUAUGUUUUGCGGGACUGCUUCUUACAUGUCACCGGAACUAGUUUAGCAAUAGGAUUACUAUGGAAAACCAACUGAUGUUUGGGCACUUGGAGUCCUUCUUUUUGUUUUACUUUAGGGUCGCUUCCCUUUUAAAGGUAAAGAUGACAACGAGCUAUUCAAGAAAAUAUGCAAAAAUGAAUAUAAAAUAAGUAGUGAUGUAAGCUUAGGCGCACAAAACCUGAUAAAAACAAUCAUGAAAAUUAAUCCACUCGAAAGGCCGACUACUAAAUUUAUUUUAAAAGACAGUUGGCUGAAUGCUCCUUGA